AUGGAUUUAAAUGAUACUGAAGAAAUGAAUGAUGAAUUAUUUAUACAACUAAUGACUCAAUUUUAUAAUCUUGGUUGGAUGUAUGGUUCAUCAGGAGGUAUGGCUUGUUGUACAGAUAGUGAUGAAGUAAUUUAUUCACCAUCUUCUGUACAGAAAGAAAGAUUAACUAAAAAUGAUAUUUUUAUUUAUAAUCGACAAACAAAUUCAAUUUCUUAUAGACCUAAAAAUGAAAAUAUUAAAGAAUCUGCAUGUACACCAUUAUUUAAUUAUAUAAUUAAUAAAACAAAAUAUCAAUGUAUAAUUCAUACACACAGUAAAUAUAGUAAUUUAUUAACACAAUUAAUUGAUAAAAAAUCACAAAACAAUAUUUAUAUGAAUAGAGAUGAAUUUUGCUUAAAUAAUCAAGAAAUGAUUAAAGGAAUUAUUAAUAGAGAAACAAAUAAAAAUUUUAAUAAUACUGAAACAAUCAGAAUACCUAUAAUAGAAAAUAAACCAUUUGAACAUCAAUUGUUACCAGAUAUUGCUAUAUGCCUUGAAAAAUACCCUACAUCAUGUGCAAUUUUAGUAAGAAAUCAUGGAUUUUUUGUCUUUGGACCAACAUGGCAAAGAACUAAAAUUAUGUUAGAAUGUUGUGAAUAUUUAUUUGAAUUGGCUUGUGAUAUGAUAAAUAAUAAUAUUGAUUUAAUUAAAAUAAAUAAAGAAAUUUAG